AUGAUAUUUGCUCAGGAGCAACCAUUUCAAGGCCAGUGCACCUACUCAUCUGCAACGACCCAUAAUUUAAUUUCCCCCUUGGGAGAUGCGUCCACCUACAGACCUUCUACUCAAUGUGUUUUAGUCGACUCCGACCUUCGCGACCCUUACAGAGCAUCCUCCGUUCCCAUUUACCAAACUGCUACGUUUAGGCAGUCAGGAGUGACUGAGAUGGGCGAGUAUGAUUAUUCCAGGUCUGGUAACCCUACUCGAACACAUCUAGAAUCGCAUCUAGCCAAACUUAUGCAUGCUCAUAGUGCACUUGCAGUUUCAAGUGGCAUGUCUGCUCUAGAUAUUAUUAUUAGAUUAGUCAAAUCGGGCGAGGAAAUUAUUGCUGGCGACGAUGUGUAUGGCGGAACAAACCGGCUGCUCGCAUACGUAAAGCAAACUAACAAUAUCAAGGUGUAUCACACAGAUACCACCAAUAUCGAUGCAAUUCAGCGCCUCAUUACCCCAUUAACAAAACUUGUCCUGCUGGAAACUCCCACCAAUCCCAUGUGCAAGAUAGCCGAUAUACCAUCCAUUUCUAACCUUGUUCAUACAAUAUGUCCUUCUGCAUUGGUGGUUGUAGACAAUACCAUGAUGAGUCCAUACUUGCAAAAGCCAUUGGAUCUGGGUGCUGAUAUUGUUUAUCAUAGCGCGACCAAGUUUUUGAGUGGUCAUCAUGAUCUGAUGGCUGGUGCGGUGGGUGUGAAAAAUCCUGAGCUUGCCGAGAAACUCUAUUUUGUGGUCAAUGCAAUUGGAUGUGGACUAGCACCAUUUGACGCAUUUCUCCUUGCUCGUGGCAUUAAAACUUUAUCGGUACGUGUGGAUCGCCAGCAGCAAUCAGCUAUGCUGAUUGCAUCGUAUCUUGAAUCGCAUGGCAUCGAAACCUGGUAUCCAGGCUUAAAGUCUCAUCCACAACAUGAUUUGCACAUGUCAAUGGCCAAAGGAGGCGGUGCUGUUCUUAGUUUCAGAACCAACUGUGUAGAUAGGAGUAUUAGUGUGGUCAAUGCUACAAAAAUUUGGGGUAUCUCGGUCAGUUUUGGAAGCGUCAACUCUCUCAUCAGUAUGCCGUGUCGUAUGUCGCAUGCCUCUAUACCUGCAGAAAUCAGAAAAGAGCGCAAUCUCCCUGAAGAUGUUAUUCGUUUAUGUGUAGGAAUUGAAGAUGUGCAAGAUCUGAUCUCCGAUCUUCACUAUGCAUUGGUACUUGCUGGGUGUAUCAAGAUUUAA